AUGGACGAAUAUCACUUCCCCGAUUCCCGCCUUAAGAAGAAGAUGGAUGAUCCUUCCAAGACCCCUCUUCUUCUUGUUGCAUGCGGCUCUUUCUCCCCUAUUACUUUCCUCCACCUGCGCAUGUUUGUCAUGGCUGCAGACUACGUCAAACACAACACCGACUUUGAAAUGGUGGGCGGAUAUCUAUCCCCCGUGUCGGAUGCCUACAAGAAGCAAGGCUUAGCCCCAGCAGAACAUAGAGUGGCAAUGUGCCAGCUUGCAAUUGACAGAGCCUCCAGUUGGCUAAUGGUCGACACGUGGGAAGCAGAAAAGAAGGAAUACCAGCCUACGGCCAAAGUGUUGGACCACUUUGAUCAUGAAAUCAAUGUGAUAAGGAAGGGCAUUGACACGGGAGACGGAAACCGAAAGCCCGUGAGAAUAGCAUUGCUCGCUGGUGCCGACCUGAUCCAGACCAUGUCAACUCCCGGCGUGUGGAGUGAGAAGGAUUUGGACCAUAUCCUUGGGCGCUACGGCACAUUCAUCAUCGAAAGAUCCGGGACCGAUAUCGACGAAGCCCUGGCUAGCUUGCAAAGCUAUCGCGACAACAUAUACGUCAUCCAGCAAUUGAUUCAAAAUGACGUCAGCAGUACAAAGAUAAGGCUCUUCCUACGAAGAGGGAUGAGCGUACAAUAUCUUAUCCCAGCGCCGGUUGUGGAAUAUAUCGAGCAAAAUCACCUAUACGAAGACGACGGUCGUGCGUCGAGCAUGACUUCUAUUACCCACGCCGACAGCGACAAGGGCAAAGCCAAGGAAGUCCAAUCCACCAGCUAA